GUUAUAUAAUGAAUUAUUAUGAAGAUACUAUUGCUAAUAAUAUUCAUAACUUAAUAACAUAUCCUACAGAUGAUGAAAUACAUUUAGUUAUUUAUGAAGCACAUGAACAAGAAGUGAAUUUACUAAAGUUCUUGAAUUUAUCGAAUGUUGAUUUAAAUCAAGAUGACGAUGGAUUAGAAAAAAUUAAUAAAGUUGAUUGUAAAUUAAAUGAAAUUAGCAAGGCUGCGGAGUUGGUUAACACAUAUAAUAUGGAAAAAAUUGAUGAUUUAGAGUAG